AUGACACCCCCAGCAUGGCAGCCUCCAUCCGUUGCGUCAUACCAGGAUCCUCUGGGUCGCAAGGGCGGAAUCACAUUGGCUUGGACAUACCAAUCACGGUCGCAGGCCCGAUGCUUCUCCAUUGAAUCAACGUCCACAGUGGAGCUAUCACGACUGGAAAAUAGCGACUACAACAACGCUGAAACGGAGACGUUUACAGCUGCAACACCCCCUGUCAGUGGGACCAUCGGUUUCUUCCGACCGAUUUACAUCGAGCCGGCCAACGAGGAGAGUAGGCGCUAA